AUGGAGGAGGAAGGAGGGAGGAGGGAGCUGUCCGUGCCGAGCCACCACGCGAGGAGAGAGAGAGCCACGCCUCGUCACCGCCGGCCUGGAGCUCGCCAUUCGUGUCCCGUCGCGCCGCCGCCAACCGCGUCCAGCUCGCUGCCGUCGUGUCGCCAUCAGAGGCCAAAACCGAGAGAUGCGUCCGAGAGAGGGGACGAGCGCAAGAGAGGAGACGAGGAAGGACAGCCGCCGCGCCUUGUCUCCGUUGCUGCUGAGCUUCAACCGUCGCCAUGCCAAGUCGCUGUCGCCAUUGUUGAGAUAGAAGAGAGAGCUCGAAGAGAGAGAAACAGAAUGUGCGAGAGGAGCCAUUGUCAAACGCGGGGUCAGCGGUCAUCCAAUCUGAACGAGGGUGAAGCUCUAGCAGUCCAUUCCCUUAGUGAUCCUACUCAAACCGCCACAGACAAGGUCGGAUCUUCUGGAUCAGAAAACGCUGCUCCAAUGAUUCUAGCUUAUACCAUAAAGGCCUUAAUCGCCCCAUACUUCGGCUGCACUGAUGUCUCCAAGUACCCAACGAAAUUGUAG